AUGGUUUUUUGCGUCUACAAAAAAACUGGAGAGUCGGACAAAAAAGUUGUAUGGGGCACAAACCACUUCAACAACGGCAGACCAACAGGCGAUAACCGACGGGUUACAGAAGACAGCCAGAGAUACAUCGCGUUUGUCGAGGCUCUCAGCGGAGCAGCAGUCUCCGAGCUAUCCGAUAUCAUCGCCAAUCCUUCAGCCACGGAACGUUUCCAGGCGAUCAAGACAGCAAUCCUGACCCGCUUCCAAGAGUCCGCCGACACGCAAUUGCGCAAACUCUUUGGACAGCUCCAGCUGGCUGACUCCAAGCCGUCCCAACUCUUGCGUCAAAUGAAGAGCCUCGCAGCCGGGAAGGUCACAGAGGAGAUCCUCAAAAUCAGAUGGCUUGAUCUUCUCCCCCCGCAAGUUAACGGCAUGCUCCGCAUUAUGAAAAAGGCUUCUUUAGUCGAGCUCAGCUCUAUGGCGGAUGAACUCACCGAUUCCUUGCCUCACGUCAACGCCGUGACAGCGCAAGCUACACUGGUGCCGCCUACUCCGCCUGCUGCGUCGACGGCCCCAGUCAACCCCGCCGAAUCCAGUCUAGCCCAGGAGGUGGCUGACAUGCGAAGAAUGCUCAAUCAACUCUUCGCAGCCGAUAACCACAAACCCGGAUUGGUGCUGGUACCAAGAGUUCGGAGCAGCUGCCGAAAACUGCCGAGCCUCCUGCACCUUCUCCUCUACGAAGCAGGGAAACCAGUAGGGCCCCCUCCGCUUCAAGUGUCGGAGGCGGGCAACCAAGGACCUUCAGAGAAUCGCUUCUACAUUUAUGACCGCGAGUCCCGGAUUCACUUCCUGUUCGACUCCGGCUCCGUCGUCUCGCUGCUGCCCAAGGGCCUUAUCAAGAACUGCAAGCUGCAGCCCCAGCCAUUAACGCUCACAGCGGCCAGCGCCUCGCCGAUUGCCACCUACGGUACGCAUAUCUUGACCAUCGAGUUGGGACUUCGACGCGCCGCAACUUGGAGUUCCAUCGUCACUGACACCCAUGUCGCCAUCAUCGGAGCCAAUUUCCUGGCUCACUUCGGCUAUUUUGUGGACGUCAAGGGCAAGCGACUCAUCGAUCCCAUGACCAGCCUCUCAACGCCUGGCUCCUUAGCACGGACAACCAUCCACAGCGUGUCGGUUAUCACAUCACCAGCCCGCACGCCCUCUGGAGACCUGGGUCAACGCUACGCUGACGUUUUCGUAGAAUACGCAGAUCUCUGCUUCCCAGAGGCUACGACCGCAGCGCUCCCAGAUCUGCCGGUGCAUCACACCAUCCACACGACUGGACCUCCGGUUUUUGAGCGACCUCAGCGCCUACUCAGACCACGUCUGCAGGCAGCCAAGGAAGAGAUCGGGCGGCUGCUCGACCAAGGCAUCGUCCGGCCAUCGUCCAGCCAGUGGGCAAGUCCACUCAACCUCGUCGAGAAGUCCAGCGAAGGUUGGAGAGUCACCAGGGACUACAGGUGUCUGAACGCUUGUAUAACGCCUGACCACUAUCCCUUGCCGAUCAUCGACGACCUACUGCAGGAGGCCGCGAGAAAGGUUUUCUCGGUCGCAGACCUGAGAAAAGCCUUCUACCAAAUCCCAAUCACCGAAAACGACAUCCCCAAGACCGUGGUGACGACCCCCUUCGGCUUGUACGAAUUCACUAGGUCAUCAAUGGGUCAGCACAACGCGGCGCAGUCACUCCAGCGGACGAUGGAUCACGUCCUGCGUGAGCUUCCCUUCGCCAGGUGUUACCUCGAUGACAUCUUCGUAGCUUUUGUGGACCACGAACAGCACUUGAAACAUCUGUGCCAGGUCGAAUACCUGGGCUACACCGUUUCUGACGAUGGAGUCUGUCCACCAGCACGCAAGGUCCAGGCCAUUCAGGACUUCCCGAAGCUAGAGAACUCCACCGAGCUCCGCCGGUUCCUGGGUAUGCUGAAUUUUGACAGGCGCUGCAUGCCCGGAGCUGCCAAGGUCAUGGCCCCACUGAACGAUCUGCUGCGCGACCUUCCUCCAAGAAAGAAAAAGGCCCCACUCACCUGGACACCUGAGGCUGAUGUAGCCGUCCAGCAGUGCAAGGAUGCACUAGCCAAGGCUGCUACAAUGACGUUCCUGAGGAGCAACUCUUCGAUUGCCCUGAGGACCGACGCAUCCGAUACUGCGAUCGGAGCAGUCCUCGAGCAGGAGCACCCUCGUGGUACCUGGAAACCACUGAGUUUCUUCUCCAGAAAGCUGUCGGAGACCGAGAGGCGCUGCAGCGCUCACGACAGGGAGCUGUUGGCUAUCUUCGCCGCCAUCAAGACGUUUGAGCGCGUCCAGGAGGGACGGCCCUUUACAGUCUACACAGACCACAAGCCGCUCACGUUCGCAGUGACGCUUUCCCACGUCAAGGGCGAGGAAAACGUCGUCGCCGACGCGCUCUCGCGCAUCAACGCAGUGGCCAUGCCCUCGAUCUUCGAUCCUGAGGUCAUUUCCAACGCGCAAGCGGUCGAUGACGAGCUCGAGCAUCUGCUCGAUGACCCUCAUCUCAGUCUGCAGCCGAUGACCAUCGACGGUCACAUCAUCCGCUGCGACAUUUCAACGGGGACCGUGAGGCCGUACCUGCCUGAGAGCCUCCGCAAGAUAGCCUUCGAGGUUCUUCACAACCUCGUGCAUCCCAGCAUCAGAGCGACAGUACGCCUGGUCACCGAAAAAUUCAUGUGA